AAACGGGAGACUUGGCCGCCCAGAGAGGUUGUAUCCGCGCUCCCGGGAUCUUCUUCCUGCGCGUAGAGACCCUUCGCGGGAAGAGGCGUGAGGGGCGGUGAGUGGAGGAGGUCUCACGAGAGUGGAAGCAAGUCUCGCGAUUAUUUAUUUAUCUAUUUGCCUAGCGACUGACAACAGGCCGGUCGCUCCGGGUGGAACCCCUAAAGUGGCCUACCCUGACAUCGGAGUGAGACCCCAGCCGUAGGCUGGGGUUCUUUCCAUAUACUAGAGACGGAUUCAGAGGGGCUACAGACCAAGACUGUUGAAAACCAGACAUAUGAUGAGCGUCUAGAGAUCAACGACUCUGAAGAGGUUGCAAGUAUUUAUACUCCAACCCCAAGACACAAAGGACUUCAUCGUUCUGGCUGGCUUGCUAACAAGACUAUGGCUGAUAACAGCAGUGAUGAGUAUGAAGAAGAAAAUAACAAGGAGAAGAAGAAAACCUCACAGUUGACACCUCAGCGGGGCUUUAGUGAAAAUGAUGAUGAUGACGACGACUCAUCUGAAACUGAUUCUGAUGAUGAUGAUGAUGAUGACGAGCAUGGAGCCCCUCUGGAAGGGGCCUAUGAUCCCGCAGAUUAUGAGCAUUUGCCAGUUUCUUCUGAGAUUAAGGAACUCUUCCAGUAUAUCAGUAGGUACACACCUCAGUUGAUUGACCUGGACCACAAACUGAAACCCUUCAUUCCUGAUUUUAUCCCAGCUGUUGGGGAUAUUGAUGCAUUCUUAAAGGUCCCACGUCCUGAUGGAAAGCCUGACAACCUUGGUCUGUUGGUAUUGGAUGAACCUUCUACAAAGCAGUCAGACCCUACAGUGCUCUCACUCUGGUUAACAGAGAACUCCAAGCAGCACAACGUCACACAACAUAUGAAAGUAAAGAGCCUGGAAGAUGCAGAAAAGAAUCCCAAAGCCAUUGAUACGUGGAUUGAAAGCAUCUCUGAAUUACACCGUUCUAAGCCGCCUGCGACUGUGCACUACACCAGGCCCAUGCCGGACAUUGACAUGCUGAUGCAGGAAUGGUCCCCAGAGUUUGAAGAGCUUUUGGGCAAGGUGAGCCUGCCCACGGCAGAGAUUGAUUGCAGCCUGGCAGAAUACAUUGAUAUGAUCUGCGCCAUCCUAGACAUCCCUGUCUACAAGAGUCGGAUCCAGUCCCUCCAUCUGCUCUUUUCUCUCUACUCGGAAUUCAAGAACUCACAGCAUUUUAAAGCUCUUGCUCAAGGCAAGAAAGCCUUCACCCCUCCAUCCAACUCCACCUCCCAAGCUGGAGAUGCAGAGACAUUAACCUUCAGCUGAGACACCUCCCAAGCCCCCCUGUUUCAAGGCUGAACUGGCUCUUCUACCCCAGCUGAGACAGAUCAUUGUCAGCCACCUGGUGUCCUUGCCUUGCCACAGCUUGGCUCAGGAGUAGUACAUGUCCUGCUACCCUCUCCGCCAAAGAGCACUUAGCAUAUUUAUUAAAUAGCUCUACCUGUCUCAGAUUGCCUUCCCGGGGAAGUUAUGAAUCUACACCACUGUGGGGAUUUGAGUUAGAAGAAUUGGAAUUUCUGAGAUCUCGUGGAGCUCAGUUUGGAAGGAAAGCUUAAAAGAUGUCCUUUUUGGCAUAGGGGUGGAAUUAUUUUCUUUCAUUCAUAGAGUUGGUGGGCAAAGAUUUUAUAAAUAAAAUGCUCUAUUGUCAGAUUA